ACAACCAAUCAAAUCGCGUCGUUUCCAAACGGAAGCUGCGUUGUUUACAUUUUCCAAGAUGGCGGCUGGGAUGUAUUUGGAGCAUUAUUUGGACAGCAUAGAAAACCUCCCCUUCGAGUUGCAAAGGAACUUCAAUUUGAUGAGGGAUCUCGAUCAACGCACAGAGGAUCUGAAAGGACAGAUCGACUCUCUGGCUAAAGAAUACACAUCCAACGCCCGAACUCUUUCUUCUGAGCAAAAACUGUCCAUCCUGAGGCAGAUCCAGCAGUCUUACAGUAAAUGCAAGGAGUUUGGAGAUGAUAAGGUGCAGCUGGCUAUGCAGACCUAUGAAAUGGUCGACAAACACAUCAGACGUCUCGACACAGACCUGGCUCGAUUCGAGGCUGACCUAAAGGAAAAGCAGAUUGAGAGCACCGACUAUGACUCCACCUCAAGCAAAGGAAAGAAAGGAGAUUCCAGACAAAAGGAGAAAAAAGCAGCUAAAACAAGAUCUAAGGUGAAGAGCUCAGAUGAAGAUGGAAGUCCUAAAAGUGCUCAGAAGAAAGUCAAACUCCUUCAACAAGGAGAAUUCAACAGCCCUUCCUCCAACUUUGGUAACGUACACCCAUCUGAUGUCCUGGACAUGCCUGUGGACCCCAACGAGCCUACCUACUGUUUGUGCCAUCAGGUGUCUUACGGCGAGAUGAUCGGAUGUGACAACACCGAUUGCUCCAUUGAGUGGUUCCAUUUUGCAUGUGUGGGCUUAACAACCAAACCCCGAGGCAAAUGGUACUGCCCACGUUGCUCUCAGGACAGGAAGAGAAAAUGAAACUCCCGGUUAUUCUGGAACAAAACACAGACCCUUUUUGAUGGAGCAUAAGAAGAAUAUUUCUUCAGUAGUUACUAGAGUUUUUGUUUCUCAUCUUUCUUUACAUUUGGUGCUUUACUCUUCGGUUUACAUCCUUGCCUUGGUCUGAUGCAGUGUGUGACAGAGCCAAGUGGUUACAGGUGUAUUUAACAAUAAUUUAGAUUAUUUUAGUCACAGUUGGUGCUCUUAGUGUUACUUUUUUUACAUUUUGUUGUUCACAUCAAUAAUAAACACUACAUCUGCCCCCUCCUGUUUAAAAGUUUUUGGAUUUCAUGAUACUGUAUUCUCACUGAAAACAUGCCUUGUAUUGUUUUAUGCCUCUUUUUUUUUUUGUAUUAAUUUUCUCAUGUUUAGCCUUGGAACACAAUGUUUUUAAGUGUGAGAAAAGGGCAGUUAAGUAGACAAAUUCUGUUUCACAAUAACAUUCGUCACCUGUGAGUUAAAGCAUUUUAUUUAAUAUUUGAGUGCUGCAUAUUGAAAUUUAAGACCUUUUGUGAAAAGUAUUCUUAUUGCUGUAGCUGAAAAUUGGUACUGGGAUGUGGGAAUGAUUGGGCUGUCAAUCAUUUCAAUACAGCUACUACCUCAAAAAA